UUUGUAGGUCUAUUUAAGUGGCGUCUGCACGCAUUUUGGCUAGGUUGCGAACAGAUGAAUGACAGCAUAAAAAGUAGUGACUGUGGUCGUCUGCAAGCUGUCGGAGUCGACUUUCGGAAUGAAGAAACACUCUCUCGCUUGAUUCAAUAUCUAACGAACAGCCGACACUUGACUCUAACUGGUUCUCCUACGAUUACAGAAGAUGGACAUGCGCUGAUUUCUUUCUGCAAUGACGAAGGAUUGCCAGCGUCAGAAACAUUGCGACUACUGUCUCAAGAAAAGCAUCAGAUCAACGGUCACGACGUAUUUCUUUCAGCUCCAUCUGAAACCUGCAAUUGGACCAGGAGUCCCUCUGAUAAGCAACCAACUGCAUCCAGAUGCUUCUCAUCUUUAGGACGAGGGCGAGGCAUUUUGGGUAUGCCGAAACAAGGUGUCACUACAGUAGGUCACAAAUCACUCGAUCCUCAAAGCUUCAAGUUCUUCGUAGCAGCUAGUGAUAGCCAAUCCUGGUCUAGAACAUCGAGCACAAGCUGGCAAACAUUGGCUGUACCCGCGAGUGAGAAAGUUGUUCCGAAUGAUGGACCUAAUGUGAUUAGAAUUCAAGGUCUUCCUCAAAAUGCGUCUCAGGAACAAGUAAAGGCAUUGAUUUUAGAAAACAUCAAAGCAAACAAAUCAGUAAACGUUAACUUCUGGAUUGCACAGUGGAUACAAGAUGACGUCAGAAUAUACUUUGAAGACAUUCAAGCUGUCAUCAGUUUGUGGAAAAGGCGCCAUUUGAGGCCUCUAGAGUACGAUUCGCACAAACUUUACUGGGACGUGAUGGUUGCAGAAACAUACGAAGAUGACCGAUUUCUAGUUGGAAAUCUUCCACCAGACAUCUCAAAAUACACUCUGAGUUUACAUUUGAAAUCAGCAAUCUGUCUGGCAGACGUUGAAGUCACGCUCGUCUUUUGCAUGGAUAAGCAAGAAGCUGUCGUGUUUUUGACUGACAGUAUUGUGGAUGAGAGAUUGCUUGAAGACCUAUCAAGCGAAGUGGGCGAUUACGAAAGUGCCGAUGGCUCUGCAACGACCUUAAACUUUGAAAUGAUUCCUCAAACGCGAACUGUCGAGCUUAGCGGUCUCGACUCGACUGUUCAUAAGGGAAUUAUUCGAAAGUACUUCCAAGUACUUCAGCAGAACAAAUCUGUUGCGCAACCGUUGUUAAUUGAAGAAAUUACGACGGGAGGUGGAUUGCCUGACGGUCAUGCUCUCAUCAAAUUUAGAACCGUAGAAGCUGUCAGUUCAAUCAUGAAACUUCCUCAACUUCCUGAGAUUGGCGAACUAAAAAGUCGUCCCAAGGCAAGACUGUACCACACUUAUCCCUCAACUGCAUUUGAGCAAUCUCCUGAAGAUGAUUCUCGAAAGAAAAACCAAGACAAAGAAACGCAAAACAUAGAAUACAAACCAGAGUCGCCUGAUUUAUUGAAUUACGUCAUUCAAAACAACAAACACAAGAAGAAACUGUUAGCAGCUUUGAAAUGCGACGACGUAGGAAGCGAUGGCUCCACCGUUACUAUUACUGGCUCACUAUACAGUAGAGAAGAUUGUAUCAAAAAUGCAGAAUUUUUUUUUGAUGGAUACGUCGUGCAGAUUUUAAAAAUUAGGGAUGCUAGGCUUUGGCAAGAAGCCAUCCAUUUGAUUGAAACGGAAAGAGAAAGUCGACAAAGUGAAGUGACUUGUUACCCGUUGGAAGACGAAAUUGCUGUCAAGUUCGUUGGUCCAGAAAUUGAGAUUCAAAGUUUGUAUCAGUUUUGUGCAAAUGCGAUUGGUAACAAGCGUAUCAAGUUAGAAGAAGACAGCAAAGAGACACGAGACACUUUGUCUUGCGCUUCAAUUCACCAGUUUCAGUUACUAGAAAGUAGCGACAUCUACAAAUCUGCCUCAGCCAAAUGUCACAUUGAUCCUAGAAAUGUGGGCCAUUCUGUAGUCUUGAACCUAAGAGGUCCAAAUAACGAUGUUCGUUCUGCUAAAGAAUCUCUAGUCCAGUUUAUUGCUGGCUUGGAGACUAUGUUUGUUGACCUUCCAGCUCCAAUACUGCAAUAUUUGCAAGAUUUUGGUUUCGACGUGCUUAUCAAAGCUUACAAAACUGACAAUAUUCAAGCAAUUCCAGCAUCAAUUGAGGACAGUGGUGUUAGGAUAGUUACUUUGGUGAGUUCUCGACAAGAAGUCACGAAGGUAACAAAAGAGACGUUUGCUCAUGAAAGUAUGUCUGGUGUUGAAGAUGAGGAAGUGCAAAAGUACCUGCGCACUUCAGACUGUGCUGGAGUUAUGAAAUCGCUAAGUAAGGCCGAGUGCAGCGUGCUAUUGCAGACGUCUCAAAAUGUGUUGGGAGAAUCCGACAAACACUUAUCGGUUGCUAUAGUCGGGGAGAAAAGCUCGGUCAGGGACGCAAUCGAUGCGAUGUCUGAUCACCUUGCAAACGCGGUACUUUACGAGCGCCGUCUAAUUAUCGAUCACCCGGGAACUUUCCGAUACCUGCAGGAGUUCACUACGCCACAGCUUACUCAACUCUCUUCUAAGUUUUCUCAAUAUCGAGCUCAUAGCAUAUUGCACCGUCCCACGUCAUCAAAUGGUUGGCAAAGGUCUGUCGUGCUUUGCUGCACCAAAGCAUGCUUGAUGCAGUUGAAGCAACAAGUUGAGUCGCUUAUCUCUCCCUUCAAAGUCAACAAAACCAUUACCAGACAUGGGGUCGUGAAGUAUUUUCGUAGCGAUUCGUUUGCAACAGUAAGAUCUAGAAUUGAAAGAAGUAUGAAACUGGUUAUUUACCUUGAUUGUGAAGAGGAUUCAAACGACUGUAAUCCAGAAGACACGGAACCGAUGUCACCAGUUGUUUUGCCGUCAGAAGUGGUACAAAAUACUCGUCCUUCGACAAAGAUCGCUGAGUAUAUUUGCAAGAAACAACCAUAUAAGAAGAUAGCUCUCUUCAUAGGUAACAUUUGCGAGCACAAGGCAGAUGCCAUUGUCAAUGCUGCCAAUGAGCACUUAGAUCACGGUCUGGGAGUAGCUAAAGCGAUAGCACAAUCUGCCGGACCUCUUGUACAAAAGCAAAGCGAGGAUUACAUAAAACAGCAUGGAAAACUAAAGAUAGGCAGAGCAAUGUACACUUCAGCCGGAGCUUUGUCUAGUGCAAAGCAUGUUAUUCACACAGUUGGGCCGCAAUGGCCAGGUAAAUAUCACUUACAAGGAACGAUAAAGAAAACAGAAGAAAAACUUCGAUCUGCAGUAAAAUCUAGCUUAGAAAAGGCCCAAACCCUUGGUUGCAAUAGUCUAUGUUUUCCAGCGAUAAGCUCUGGAAGAUUUGGAUGUCCAAGUGACUUUGUUGCAAAACAAAUGGUCAAAGCUGCACUUGAUUUUCUCGUUUCUUCUGACUCAACCGUCGUAAAGGAAGUUCAUUUCAUCUUGUUACAAAACGAUGCAGACAACGUUAGAUGCUUUAAACGCGAACUCCAGAUGACAGCAGAUUUGUCUCCUUGUGAAGAUCCUUACAGUAUAGAAUCGUCAUUGUCUGCAUUUCAUGAAGAUUUGGUUCCUAUAUCUACCACAAGGUCUAUUGCACCAAGAGCAGAACGAAUUCAUUCAAAUUUUGAUUCAAACGUCAGUAAAACUAAAAGAAAGAUACCAGAGUUAUCUGCAAGUAAAACAACUGAUGUUCCAACAAAUUUUGUGAUACACACUGAUGUAGUAUCUGGUGACAUUACAAAAUCAAAGGCAGAUGUUAUUGUGAACUCAACGAAUGGUAGCCUUGAGCUUGAUAGCGCUCUGGCAUCAAAAGCAGUAUCAAAAGCGGCGGGAUCGCAGCUACAACUUGACUGCAAUGAUUACGUUAAGAACAAAGGAAAACUGAAAACAGGAGAUAUGGCAGUCACGGCUGGGCACAAGCUACUUUGCAAAAAUGUAUUUCAUGUGGUCUGCCCAAACUCUAGAAAGGGUCUCUCAGAUCUAGUUACGAAAUGCCUUACAGAAGCAGAUAAUUUGAAAAUGAAGUCUGUAGCCCUUCCUGCCGUAGGGACUGGUAACUUGGGAAUGCCGGAUGCCGACGCGGCUGCAGGAAUAUUUGAUGCCAUUUCAACUUUUAGUUGUCAUAGAAAAAUGACAAACGUCAUAAAAGUUGAAGUAGUCAUUUAUGACCAAGCAAAGUUGUCUAAGUUUAAAGAAGAACACCAGAAAAGGAUUUCCAGUAAUCCUUCUUUAGUUGACGUCCGAGAUGACUCAGAAGACAAUGCGAUUCGACUCCAAAAUGGACUCGUAGUGUCACUCGAUAACGGAGAUGUUACCAAAAGCAACUCAGAUGUAAUCGUGGCUCCCACUGGCGUCGUGCUACACUCGGUCGUCAAGAAUGCUCCAAAAGUCAACGACGAACUAAAAGCAAGCUACGGCGGGGUACCUAAACCGGUUGCCGAUCUUUCUAGCGGAGGUGUCCUGUUAAGCAAGAGAGUCUUUGCCAUUUCCGUACCCUCGAAAGGACAGCGUGAUGACACUGACAGUAUCAAAUGUAUUCGCGAUGUUGUCAAGCAAUGCCUCGAUAUGGCAAACAGACGAGGUUGUGUUUCUAUAUCAAUACCGGCUAUAGGAACAGGAGGACUAGGCUACUCGAAUGUACAAGCAGCGGCAGCUAUAGCUGAGGCGGCCAAAGAGUUCUCUAUCAACGUCGCCAAUCCUGCUCUAAAGCAAAUACGAGUGAGUAUUUUUGAUGCUCAUCGAGUCUCUGAUUUUCAGAAAGAAAUAAGAAGCAGAUUAGCCGGAACGAGCGGAGGAGGAUUUAUGUCGUUCGUCGCGAGCGGAGUCUACAGUGGAGUGACUUCAGGGUUGAAGUCUGUUGGAGCUGCGGUAACGAGCGUUUUCAAUACUGAUGAAAGAAAAGAAAUUUAUUCAAGUACGAAAGAUAAGACUCCAGUCAAAACACAACCUUUGAAAAGCUUUUCAUUCGGUGAGCCCGACGUUGUCUCUAUGUCUGUUAUCGGUAUCGGGCAAGAUGUUUGUAGCGAAGCGGUCAGUUUAGUGGAGGAAUCAAUUGACAAAUAUUGUGUUACUAAAACAGAACCCAUCGAACACGACGUACCCUCAGAUUAUGCCGACAGUAUGAAGCAACUGGCCGCUAAGUACGAAGUUGCCCUGAAAGUCGACAUUUCCCAAGGAUCAGAAUCGACCGCUACCGUCACUCUCGCCGGGUAUCAAGACGAUGUUCGGGAGGUACAGACACGUCUUCUCCGGUUACUUAAUAAAGCAGUAAAAGAAGCAAAAGAUGCUAAUGAUCGUCAUCGCAUUCUAAGCGCAUGCGUAUGGUAUCGGCAAAAUGAUGACGGUUCGACCGAACAUUUCGCUCAAGAUGAGAUCGUCAAACUGGAACUUGCACGCGAGAGCAACAAAACCGUAGUAAACUUCGUUCAAGGAGGAAAUGACAUAGAAAUAGAUUUACUUAAAAUGGAGCAGAAAGUUGGAAGUAAGAUAACAAAGAUCACCCGAAAAGAGAAAGCUGCAGCCUUUCAGUUUCCUUCAACCUGGACAUCGACUGGAGGGGAACAUGAGUAUGAGUUACACCGUCAGAAACUGAAACCAUCCGAUGACGAAUACAAGGAUGUAGCAAAGAUGUUUAGUGAUACUGGAGGUCAAGGCACCGUAGUGACUAUCGAGAGAGUACAAAAUCCAAGGUUGUACAUGAGUUAUAUCCAAGAGAAGCAAGCUCUUACGAAACGACGUCAGGUGCAAAUUCAAGCUAAAUCGGCGUGCGUUGAUCGCCGCUUGUUCCACGGGACCAAGCCAGAAUCUGUUCUUCAUAUUUUGACGUGCGGAUUUAACAGAUCAUAUGCGGGCACGGUAGUAGGAAUGAUAUAUGGUGCAGGAGUUUAUUUUGCAUCCUCUGCCAGAGAGUCUUGCAAAUAUGCUGUAGCCCCAGCGGACGGUAAUCGGCAAAUGCUUUUGUGCGAUGUACUUCUUGGGAUGUCAACAGUGGGACACAAAGGACAGCUGGAACCUCCUGUUAUAAAUGACAAAAUUAGUGCUACAGAUAGGUAUGACUCUACUGUCAACAACGUCUCAAAUCCUACCAUCUUUGUCAGCUGCUAUCGUGACAGUAUGGCCUACCCGACAUAUGUGAUUACUUUUAAAUAGUCUAACAUUGUUAGCGAGUAUACGAAGAUGUUUACCUAGUUUAGUUGCUUGUGUUUUGAUUGGAUGUUUUAGUUACUUUGGCAUAGCAAUGAGUUUGUAACUGAUGGUAAUUGUGAAAUGUAGUUUCGCAAUUUGAAUUAAGAACUCACUAAAAUUUGAAUCUGCAAUUAUAGUAGAUAGGAUAUAGGAACAGAAUGGU